AUGGCGACCGCUUCACUUCCGCCAAUCGACCUCUCGCCAGAACCCGAUCUGCAUCCCAUCUACCCGUCAUCCUCAUCUAUCACCCCUCUUCUAUCAUCCGAGUCUGGUCUUUCGCCCGUACAGAAGAAGGAGCUCAUCGCACACUGUCUCUCCCGUGCAUGUCUCUUCGCCGAUCUGAGCCUCCUUUCGUUCCUCCUCACGGACACGCAUGCGCAAGGAUUCGUAGAUCUAGGAGCCAGAGAUGAGGAUGGCCUGGGUGUCGUCAGUCUCACCAUCCUUGGGUUUGGUUCUGAAAGUGAGAGGGAAGUCGAGAGGGAGGAAUGCGUGAGGUUGCUGAUAUCUGAGGGUGCCGAUGCUAAUAUGCCAGACGAAGCUGGCUGGACGGCGUUGCAUCAUGCUGCUUUGCUGUCGCCGCCCUCAUUAAUCUCACAUCUUCUGACUCACGGCUGCUCGCCAUUCUCCGUGACGAAGAAGAACCUUACGCCGCUCGACAUCGUGUCCGCGUACGCGACUGUGCCCGGGAGGGAGGUCGUUUCGCUCCUAUUAGGGGAAGCCAUGCGCAGCGCAGGCUGGACAGGCGGGAGGAUGGAGGAGCGAAGAAAGGUGCUGGAGAUGAAGCUCAUACGGAAAAGCAAGCAGAGGUCCGUUCGCGAUAAUGUCGAGAAGCGGUUAGAGAUCAGUAGGAAGUGGUGGGGAGAUGAUGAGUGGGAGACGUGGUCUUCUGAUUCGUCAGAGGAUGAGGAUGAGAACGAUGAGGAUGACAGUCUAUAUACCCCUCCAUCGGAUUAUACCACCAUGCUCGUGUUCUCACCACCUUACCUCUCCGACAUCUUCCAGUCAUUGAUCACCAACUUCCAACCAUCCUUACGAAAUUCAGAACCCGCAAGCGCGCUAUAUAUGCUGGCCCGCUUCGCGUGUCUGAACUGCGAUCACAAUUGGCUCGAGGAUCUAAUUAUCGGCGCCACAGAUGCGAUAGAGGACAACAUCUUUAACCGACCAGAGGAUUUGACCUGCUUGAUCUUUUGGCUAUACAACACGACCGUCUGGCUGCACCUGAUGCGUUGUGAUAACUCCAUUAACGAAACAUGCGAGCUGCUCGGCUCGUUCGUCUUGAUUGAAGAAGUCAUCAACUCCGUCUUCGUGUUCAUGAUCCGCUAUAUCGAACGCAGAAUCGAUACACUCAUCGAUUCGGCUAUUCUGGACCACUCUCCUUUGCCAGAAGAAUUCGACGGAAUCCAAUUCGAGGGCGAAUGGUCAUUCCUGCGUUCCUUCGGCGCGGGCAAGAAGAAAACAAACGCCACUUCCGCAUCCACCCUGCCACCUCGGAACGGCAACCCCCCUGUUCCCUCAUCUGCUGCCAAUCGCCUACCGUCACCGCCUACCACACCCGGGGCUGGAACGAAAGGGUUCUCUUCUCUUCGACAGACUUUCACUCGGUCCCGCGCAGUGUCGACUACGGCUCCCAUGCAGGGAAUGUUCCCGGAGCAACCAUCUACACCACAGCCGAGCGAGAUCACGGGCUUCUUCGACGCGUUACAGACGAUGCUUACUUUGUCGGGGAUCAACCCUGCGCUGAUCACGCAGAUGUGGUCUCAGAUACUCUAUUGGAUGUCCUGCGAAAUAUUCAAUCGGGUGCUGACUCGGAAAAAGCACCUCUGUCGUUCACGCGCCGUGCAAAUCAACAUGAACCUCGGUGUGCUUGAGGAGUGGAUCGAGAUUUCUAACCUACCUCGGGGUGUCAUCUCCCACUUGGCUCCCGUCCGUGACCUUCUCAAUUGGUUACAGUGUCUGUCGUCUAUAACGGAGUUCGCCAACCUUGUCGCGACUAUCCAGACCAUGAAGCACCUAAAUCCACUGCAGAUGCGGCGUGCCGUGCGCGAAUACAAGUACGAGGUCAACGAAGGCCGAAUGACUGAAGAAUGUAGCCAAUAUCUUGCGCAACUGCAAAAGGAUUGGGAGCGGCACCGAGUCAAGAUCGGCGUGGAAGCUCUCCGUCGUGAGAUGGGAGAACGGGAACGAGAACGCGCUGAGGAGGUGGUGUUCAACGACGCCGGUAGUCUUGGGCCCGCCGCCUCAAUAUCAUCUAAUUCCACGGAAGCCUCGAUGGUACAACGUAACAUCGACCUUCUCUUCGACCGUGAUCAAGACGCUACUCCCUGGGAACCAGCCAAACCUCCAGACGUCCUCGGCGAAUUCCUUGACUCGCGAUACAUGCUUCCACUUGUCCUCCCCUCUGAUCCUCGAAUGCUUUCGGCUCUCCCUCGAAAGCCGACGAUGAUGCCCACCGAGAACGGGAAGGGUGACAAGGUCGAUCAUCGAACGAGCGUCCAGCUCAUGGUGGAGGCCACUACACGCAGCGCUAGCCGUUCCAGUCGGAGGAGCCGCAGUAGCAUUCCCUGGCUAACACAGACGAAACGACUGCGGGAAGUGAGUGUCGACGCUCUCCAGUGGGUGGAUGGCAUAGUUUCUGCCUCGAGAUGGACCAGGCCGCUGCAGACCGAGCCCGAAGAGGAUGAGGAUGCCGACGGAGAAGAAGAGGAAGGGGAAGGGUCUGACUUGGACGGUGAACAUACUGGUCGUAUGGGUCACGGACGCGACGAGACAGUCACUUCCGAGACCAAGUGGGUUACAACUUUGACUUCGAAGCCUUCGUUGCGAAACAAGGGUAGGUCGGCGUCCAAGGACCCUUCUAUGCAGAAAGCUUGA